AUGAGCUACUGGAACGUCGAGAAGAGGAACUGCGUGCAGUACCGCAGGCAUUUUCUGGUGGACAACCGUGUGUUUCAUGUUGAGAGAUGCAUGAGUGUAAUGCAGUCCGGGACACAGAUGAUCAAACUGAAGCGUGGCACCAAAGGGCUUGUUCGCCUCUUUUACCUGGAUGAGCACCGGACCCGCCUCCGAUGGCGACCCUCUCGGAAGAGUGAGAAGGCAAAAAUACUUAUUGACUCCAUCUACAAAGUCACCGAGGGCAGGCAGUCUGAAAUAUUCCAUAGACAGGCUGAGGGGAACUUUGACCCCAGCUGCUGUUUCACCAUCUACCAUGGCAACCACAUGGAGUCCCUGGACCUCAUUACCUCCAACCCAGAGGAGGCACGCACCUGGAUCACGGGCCUCAAGUAUCUGAUGGCUGGCAUCAGUGAUGAAGACUCCCUUGCCAAGAGGCAGAGGACUCAUGACCAAUGGGUGAAGCAGACCUUUGAGGAGGCUGAUAAGAACGGUGAUGGCUUAUUGAAUAUUGAAGAGAUUCACCAGCUGAUGCAUAAACUAAAUGUCAAUCUGCCCCGCAGAAAAGUCAGGCAAAUGUUUCAGGAAGCGGACACAGAUGAGAAUCAGGGAACCUUGACAUUUGAAGAGUUCUGUGUUUUUUACAAAAUGAUGUCAUUGAGACGAGACCUCUAUUUGCUGCUCUUGAGCUACAGUGACAAGAAAGACCACCUGACUGUGGAGGAGCUGGCUCAGUUUUUGAAGGUGGAACAAAAGAUGAGCAAUGUCACGCUGGACUACUGUCUCGACAUCAUAAAGAAGUUUGAAGUUUCUGAAGAAAACAAAGCGAAAAACGUCCUCAGUAUAGAAGGCUUCACGAACUUCAUGCGUAGCCCUGCUUGUGAUGUAUUUAACCCUUUGCACCAUGAAGUAUACCAAGACAUGGAUCAGCCCCUCUGCAACUACUACAUUGCCUCAUCUCACAAUACAUACCUGACUGGGGACCAGCUCCUUUCUCAAUCCAAAGUGGAUAUGUAUGCACGGGUGCUACAAGAGGGAUGUCGAUGCGUGGAAGUUGACUGUUGGGAUGGCCCAGAUGGAGAGCCAGUGGUCCACCAUGGUUAUACUCUCACUUCAAAAAUUCUCUUCAGAGAUGUUGUGGAGACCAUCAACAAGCACGCAUUCGUGAAGAAUGAGUUCCCAGUUAUACUGUCCAUUGAGAACCACUGCAGUAUUCAGCAGCAGAGGAAGAUUGCUCAGUACCUCAAAGAAAUAUUCCAGGACAAACUGGACCUGUCAUCUGUAGACACAGGAGAGUGCAGGCAGCUUCCAAGCCCUCAGAGUCUAAAAGGCAAAAUCCUAGUGAAGGGCAAGAAGUUGCCAUAUCACCUCGGGGAUGAUGCAGAGGAAGGGGAAGUGUCCGAUGAGGACAGUGCAGAUGAGAUUGAAGACGAGUGCAAGCUCAAACUGCAUUACAGUAACGGGACCACUGAACACCAGGUAGAAUCUUUCAUACGGAAAAAGCUGGAGUCACUGUUGAAGGAGUCUCAGAUUCGAGACAAAGAAGAUCCAGACAGUUUCACAGUGAGGGCGUUACUCAAGGCUACACAUGAAGGCUUAAAUGCACACCUGAAGCAGAACCUGGAUGUGAAGGAAAGUGGAAAGAAGUCCCAUGGGCGAUCCCUGAUGGCCAACUUUGGGAAACACAAGAAAACUACAAAAUCACGGUCUAAGUCCUACAGUACUGACGAUGAGGAAGAUAUCCUUCAGAAUCCUGGCAGGGAGGGAGGCCAGCUGUACAGGCUGGGCCGUCGAAGGAGGACCAUGAAACUCUGCAGAGAGCUCUCGGACUUGGUGGUGUACACAAAUUCCGUGGCAGCCCAGGAUAUUGUGGAUGAUGGGACCACAGGGAAUGUAUUGUCCUUCAGUGAAACAAGAGCACAUCAAGUGGUUCAGCAAAAGUCAGAGCAGUUCAUGAUCUACAACCAAAAACAGCUCACAAGGAUUUACCCUUCUGCCUACCGCAUUGAUUCCAGUAACUUCAACCCUCUGCCCUACUGGAAUGCAGGCUGCCAGCUAGUGGCUCUGAACUACCAAUCUGAAGGGCGAAUGAUGCAGAUAAAUCGAGCAAAAUUCAAGGCAAAUGGAAACUGUGGCUACAUUCUCAAGCCCCAGCAAAUGUGCAAAGGUACAUUCAAUCCUUUCUCUGGUGACCCACUUCCUGCCAACCCCAAAAAACAGCUCAUACUGAAAGUGAUCAGUGGACAGCAACUCCCCAAACCCCCUGACUCUAUGUUUGGAGACCGAGGCGAGAUCAUUGACCCUUUUGUUGAAGUUGAAAUUAUUGGGCUGCCAGUAGACUGUUGCAAGGACCAAACUCGAGUGGUGGAUGACAAUGGAUUUAACCCUGUGUGGGAAGAAACCCUAACUUUUACAGUUCACAUGCCAGAAAUAGCUUUGGUUCGGUUUCUUGUGUGGGAUCAUGAUCCUAUCGGAAGAGACUUUGUCGGACAAAGGACUGUGACUUUCAGCAGCCUAGUACCUGGCUACCGGCAUGUCUACCUGGAAGGACUCACGGAAGCAUCUAUUUUCGUUCACAUAACAAUCAAUGAAAUCUUUGGAAAGAACAGACAGCUCCAAGGCCUGAAAGGGCUGUUCAAUAAGAAUCCCAGGCACAGUUCUUCAGAAAACAACUCGCAUUAUAUUCGGAAGCGAUCAAUUGGAGAUAGAAUUCUGCGACGUACAGCCAGUGCGCCAGCCAAAGGCAGGAAAAAGAGCAAAGUGGGCUUCCAAGAAAUGGUUGAGAUAAAAGAUUCUGUCUCUGAGGCUGCAAGAGAUCAAGAUGGUGUCCUGAGGAGGACCACACGGAGCCUGCAAGUGCGUCCUGUGUCUAUGCCUGUUGACAAGAGUCUUCUGGGGGCUUUGUCACUGCCAAUAUCUGAAGCAGCAGCAAAAGACAUGGAUGGAAAAGAAAACCAUCUGGCAGAGGACAAGGAUGACAGAAGAAAGGGGGCACCAUCUAUAAAAGACCCACAUUUUCCAAAUUUCAACAAAAAGUUAUCCUCCUCCUCCAGUGCACUCCUCCACAAAGAUGCCAACCAAGGGCCAACUGCCAGUAUAUCAAACCCAGAACAGUGUGGAGGACCCGGUGCGAAGAGUGGGAGGAUCAAACCAAAUAUGACAAAUGAUUGCCAGGAAAAUCACAGUCCCCAAAAACUCCUCUCUCCAAGGAAACAUUUGGCGCUUGAUCCUCCAACAAAGGGACUGCAAGAUCUGCAUGGAAUGAGAACCAAUGAAAAUGAGCAUGCCGAGAGCUCAGCGGGAGGGAAAAGCGCGAUGUCCAGAAGCGUUCUUUCUCAAAGUUCUCUGGAGGUGGAGAAUCUGGAAGGUAGCCGAGCCAAGGGCAGAGCUGCAACGUCCUUUUCUCUCUCCGACGUCUCCGCGCUCUGUUCUGACAUCCCUGAUUUACAUUCAACUGCGCUUCUACAGGACACUGACAUUUCCAAUCUCAUUGAUGACGUGACUUUAACAAAUGAGAAUCAGUCGGGCAGUUCCAUCUCAGCACUGAUUGGCCAGUUUGAAGAGAGCAACCACCCGGCUAACGUUACUGUGGUUUCUCAUCUCCUUAGCACCAGUGGGACCUCAGGAGGUGCCCCUCUGCCGAUCACACUGGGCCUCCAAACACCCUUUAAGCAUGGUUUUUCCCAGGGGAAACACAAGACCUCCUUCUUGUGCUCAUCUCCUGAGCUGAACAAGCUCUCUAGUGCUGAAACCACUAAACUGACAAAUAACAUAGUUGCUUGUGGAGCAAUUGGCUCUCACAUCUCUACACCAAAGCCAGGUGAUGACCCUUCUGAUAAAACAAAGACAAGGGUCAUGGAAGGCAACCUGCAUGGGUCCCCUGAUGCUUCUCCUGGUCAGUUUCCCAAAAGCCCCACCCAUGAAGAGAACCAAAGGCAAAUGAUGAACAGCUCUGCUCUCUCCAUGGAGUUGGCCAUGGAAGAUAUAAUUGCAGACCCCAUUCUCUGUAUAAAUUCUGCAGAGAGCAGUCUUGUGGAAAUUGAUGGAGAAUCUGAAAACCUGUCUCUAGCAACCUGUGACUAUGGGGGAGACGCUCCGAAUCAACUUGUUUCUCCACUAAAACUACAGCAGAGCCAGGAGAUGGUGGAACACAUCCAGAGAGGCCUGAGGAACGGCUACUGUAAAGAGACUCUCCUCCCUUCUGAAAUAUUCAACAGUAUUCCAGGUGUCAAAAAUCACGGUAUUUCUCAUCUAACCUAUCAGGGUGCUGGCUUUGUGUAUAACCAUUUCUCAAGUUCAGAUGCAAAAACGAACCAAAUCUAUGGGUCCCAGCAGCCUAGGGCUCCAGAUAUGCAUGCCCCUCCACCCACACAGUCAGCACAUGCUCCUUUGGCUGCUUUGAAACUCCCAAGUCCAUGCAAAUCCAAAAGUCUAGGGGACUUAACAUCAGAGGACAUUGCCUGCAAUUUUGAAAGCAAGUACCAAUGUAUUAGUAGGAGUUUUGUGACAAAUGACAUUAGAGACAAGAACGUGACUAUGAAGACAAAGUCACUAGAGCCUUUAGAUGCCCUAACCGAACAGCUCCGGAAGCUGGUAUCCUUUGACCAAGAAGACAGCUGUCAAGUGCUAUACUCAAAGCAGGAUGUCAAUCAGUGCCCCAGGGCAUUAGUCAGAAAGUUGUCAUCUAGAAGUCAGAGCAGAGUGCGCAACAUUGCUAGCCGUGCCAAGGAGAAGCAGGAAGCUGGCAAGCAAAAAGCUAUGACCCAGAGCACCAGAGGAGGAGUGGUCCUUAGAAGUAAACCGCCAGCCCCUGCUCUGGCUGUGAACCGUCACUCCACGGGCUCAUACAUUGCAAGCUACCUGAGGAACAUGAAAGCUGGUGGCCUAGAGGGUCGAGGCAUCCCAGAGGGAGCGUGCACGGCCCUUCGCUAUGGCUACAUGGACCAGUUUUGUUCGGAUAAUUCAGUUCUGCAGACUGAACCAAGCAGUGAAGAUAAACCCGAAAUUUAUUUUCUUUUGAGGCUUUGAAUUAUAUAAAGCUGCAUUUUCAUGGUUUACAUGAUAUUCUAUAGGAUGUUAGAUUUUUUUUCCAUUGUCAGUAAAUGUGAUACUGGGCUUUGAAAUGAUUUCCAAAUGUAUUUUUAAACUUGUAUUUUGGUCUCCCAUUGACUCAUGCAUUUGUAUAUAGAUUCUGUGACACUUCCCGGGAACCCAUGAUCUUUCCCCCAAGGUAUUGUAAACUGUGUCAGUAUGAAAUUCGUGCAUGCCCUCCAUAUGAAACUUCUCAGCAGCUUGGGUCACAGUGUGCAUAUGUUGCACAGAAAUGUUUUUCCCGUGUCCUCCGAUCACAGUCCCGGAGGCUGUCACCGUUACUCACUAAGUGUUGAGCUGACUUAAGAUUAAACUUUGAAAACCAUAAAGGGAUGGAUUCUUUAUUUGAAGCUACAUUUUCCUUCUGAAUUGAGACCCAGAUUCAGUUUUAUAAUCCAUUUAAAAGAGAUGUUUUAAGUGGUUACAUUGCCCUUUACGAUUUCCACACGCCACCCAAAGUGGGAAUUCCAUGAAGAUGGAUAGCAUCUCUCCAGCCCCCAAAGCCCCUUUAGACUAGGCUGUGAGGAAGAAAGCGAACUUAUAUAUAUAAGGACAAGUUAGUUUGUUUUGCAAUAAAUUUUGUUACAUAUUUUUGCUAAUGGCUUUGUAUGUAACGAGAAUCCAAUUGCCAAGCUAUCUGUCAUACAUUAAGAUUGAAAAUAAUGGCUUUCAGAAUGAGAGACUUUCAGCUGGGUAUGGUAGCUCACAACUUUAAUCCCAGCAGAGGCAGAUGAAUUUGAGGCCAGCCUGAUCUACACAGUAAGCUCCAGGCCAACAAGAACUACAUACUAAGACCCUGUUUUAAGACAACAACAACAACAAAAAGAUAGUAAGAGACUUACAUUAGACUCAAAACCCAAAGUAGUACAAACAGAAACUUCCCCAAAGCAUUCAAGAGAAAAAAAAAGAGUAUUUUCUCAUAAUCCAAGUGAAUAAAUAGAUAAUUAAAAGAAACCUUUUCCCUUUAGGGAACCAAGUAACUAUAUUUUAGUACUGACAUAUAUUAUUUUCACUGUGAAUCCAUUUUUUAUUGCAUGUUCAGACGUCAUUUGCUUUUUGUACCAUGAAUUACAAUGAUGUUCUUCCUGGACUUCAUAAAAAUAUAAUUAAAGUGGAUUUUUGAACACUUGGUGAUUUAGUUCAUAAAAUGGAAACAAAACCACA